UGUCAAAAAACGCCAAAAUUUUCGGUGUGUAAAAAUGCUAAUCCACUUUCUAAUGGUAGCGUUCGUAGUUACUGAAUCCAAAAUGGCUGCCGAAACAAACACGUCCUUCGUAUACAUUCCUCCCGGGAAUACAAGGUUCCCGUACGGAGACGAGGCUACUUUUAACAUAAACUUCGCUGACAAGGACGUCAACCAAGUGACGUGUUAUGAAAAAAUAAAGGUUUUUUCCGAAAAGGGGUCGUGCCCCUUUACCCCCGAAGAAUCCGAAGAAGACCUUCACCCUUACGUUGACUGUCCGGAAUUUACUCAUUUACCUCCCCUAAGUAACCUCGUUUACACCGACAAGAGCUUUCCGACCGAAUCCCAGUGUGAUAACUGCGACCUGAGAGUGACCGAAGACGAAACGGCGGUCAUUUUAAAAUGUACAGGGUGUUUCGAUCUGACGGUGCCGAGCCAAAAUCAAACGGAUAUCGUUUACAAAGUGUUCUACGUAGGAAUAGCGAACUAUAGCAGCGGUGGCGUGAAAGGGGCGGCGAACGUUUAAAUAUUUUUCGGGCCGCGUUAUUAUACAAAAAAAAACGUAAACAAUCAUAUUUUGCCGGUCUAAAUGUUUAUUUAUACAUUAUUAAUGAACGGCUCGCGAGUUUGGGGUUAUUACGCGCGCAAAUAGUACGUAGCGCCAAACAAUUAAUGCGCUAUGUACGCGUAUCGACAUUAAAACCGCAGUUUGUUUUUCUAAUAACUGCGGCAAAUAUUUUUUGUUUGGCGUUUAACGCGACAUUUGCAAACAACAUGGCGGUGCGGCAAAAUAGCUGCGUCGCAAAGUGGAUUCUUUUCGCCUCGACUUUCAAUAAAAAAAGAUUGUGCGUAAAAUUAAUAAAUGCUAUUCAUCAAUAUUAAUAUUACGAUUCGGUGAUUGAGACUAUUUUACAUUAUAGAUUGAAACAAUAAUCAAGCUAGCAUUAAACAA